GUUGUCAACAUCACUAGGAAACCAUGUGCACGUCACAUAUAGAAAUGGCAAAUGUACAGAACAUGACUAAGAUGUUUUCUUACCAACUUUCUUCAAAAUAUCUUCUUUUGUGUUCUGCGGAAGAAAGUCGGUGAAAGUAUGAUUCUAACUUUUCAUAACUUAACGUAUUGGUGUAUUCAGGUCACAUUUAAAGGUUUAGUUCACCCAAAAAUGAAAUUCUCAAUUCUUUCAUCAUUCACUUACCAUAUUUUGAAGAACAUUGGUAACCAAACAACACUGGCCCUCAAUGAUUAUCUUUGUAUGGACACAAAACCACUGAUACAUUUCUCAAAAUAUCUUCUUUUGUGUUCCAAGUUUUAAAGACAUGAAGAUGAGUAAAUGAUGACAGAACAUUCAUUUUUGGUGUUGUGAUGCUUUGAAAUGGCUGGUCGUAUUCCUCUGUUUUUGCUGGCCUGUGGCUCCUUCAACCCCAUUACCCAUCAGCACAUGCGGCUGUUUGAGCUGGCCAGGGACCAGAUGCACCAGACGGGUCUGUAUCGUGUGGUGGGUGGCAUUGUGUCUCCUGUCAGCAAUGGUUAUGGUAAACACGGUCUCGUUGCAUCAAAGCACAGACUCGCUAUGGCGAGACUGGCCCUGCAGAGCUCUGACUGGGUUACCGUUGACGACUGGGAGAGCCAGCAGUCUGAUUGGACGGAGACUGUCGUGACCAUGAGGUACCACUACAGACGGAUAACCGCUCAGUACCAGCAGAGAACAGGAGAGCGCAAGGACCCGCCCACAGAGAACUCUGGCAAACCCCUGUUGAAACUGCUAUGUGGAGCAGAUUUCAUGGAGACUUUUAAGGUGUCUGGUCUGUGGAGGGACGAUCACAUCGAGGAAGUGGUGGGCCGCUUUGGACUGGUCUGCGUGAGCCGAGGAACCCUGCAGACAGAUCGGACCGUACACGAGUCUGACGUGCUGUCCAGACACAGACGGAACAUUUUUUUGGUUCGGGAGUGGGUCCAAAAUGAGAUCAGCGCUACGGAGGUCCGACGAGCCCUGCGUCGAGGAUAUAGUGUUAAAUACCUUUUACCAGACUCGGUUAUUGAUUAUAUUAAAGAGAACAAUCUUUACACGCAGGACAGCGAGAUGAAGAACAAAGAGAUUAAACUACGGCCACUUAACAAGCAAACAAUACUACAAGACUGACGUAAAGAGACUUCAGCAUGAUCUCAUAUGUGAUUUAUUUACGUUUAACUUUUAUAUAUUUGAUUGAGAAAGCAGGUUGUUUCAGGAAAAGUGCAUAUUUUGCUGUAAGGAGAGCAUUUCUUUCUUGGGUACCACAGUGUAAUGUUUGCAGAGGGAUUUAAGAAUUUAUCUGGUCAGGAGAUAGAUUUACCAGAUCAUUGCAGAGCUGUAAGUCUAUGUUCUCCAGGUCGGGGAAAUGUUGACUUUUGCUGAAUGUCACAAGGAAGAUAAAUAACCGAGCCUUUACACUUCGAAGAGCAAACAUUGCUUUCUCCUUUUCUAUUUGCACAGAAGGCGUCAUUCAUGUUGUCAGAACUCAAGAUGUUUCAUCAAGCUGUUGAGGGGAAUGAAAAGUUUUUGACAAAAGGAAAUGAAUUUUGGAAUAUUUGUGGUGAUGUCUUUCCGAAUCUAUUUGUCUAUUAUUCAUAGCACAGACUGCGAGUUUUAGGCUCAAAACAACUAAGAGUGAUUUGCAGUGUUGAAAAUCUCCUGCUGAUGCUUUUGUGUGUGGAGUUUGAAGAAUGCCUUCAUCGUCACUCUCUCCAAAUGAAAGCUUGAGGGAUUGGCAGCGUGAGAUUAUUUAACACAAACCGUCCAUCUCUUUUUGAUGUUCACUUAAUUGCACAGAAUGGCCAUGGGUGCCAACACAAGGCUACAAAUAGAAGUAUAACUUUUUAAAAUGUGUGAAUGAAAUCUACGAAUGCUGUUCAACUGCAGAAAGAUGAAGUUCUGUCAACAUUUGUAUGUUAUUUUAUUUGGAGUAUUAUGUGCUGUGAGUAUUCAUAUAUUGAAACAUGCUGAAGAAAAGACAUAAAAAAAACUAAUCCGAUUA